CACACCUCCGCCGUACCACGGUCCGCCAUAUUGCACUCCCGGCUCUUUCCCCAGCAGUAGGAGCUGCACAUAUUCUCUGGAAGCUCCGGGGUCGACAGAGGAAUACGAACAGUACGGUAGACGCGCAUAUACAAACACCAUGGCGGGCUGGUUCGGGUCGUCGACCAACAGCGCGCUCGAUGAGCAGAUUGAGCGCGCCACCACCUCGAGCCUAGAGGACAUGCCGCUCAACCUCGAGAUAUCCGACGUUAUUCGGUCCAAGACAGUGCAGCCUAAAGAUGCCAUGCGCUCGUUGAAGAAGCGCAUAGGGAACAAGAACCCCAACGUCCAGCUGGCAGCUCUAAACCUCACGGAUACCUGCGUUAAGAACGGCGGCGCCCACUUCAUACAAGAGAUCGCUUCGCGCGAGUUCCUGGACAACAUGACCUCCCUCAUGAAGGCACCGAGCGGUGUCGCGGCGAACCACGACGUGAAGAACAAGAUGCUGGAGCUUAUACAAUCCUGGGCGACGGCAGCAGAGGGGCGCAGCAACCUAGGCUACAUCAACGAGGUCUACCGGAGCUUGCAGCGAGAGGGGUACCAGUUCCCACCCAAGGAGAACAUCUCCAGCAGCAUGCUCGACAGCAGCGCACCGCCGGAAUGGACAGACUCAGACGUGUGCAUGCGAUGUCGCACAGCCUUCACCUUCACGAACCGCAAGCACCAUUGCCGAAACUGCGGCAACGUCUUCUGCGGUGCCUGCUCAAGCAACAACAUACCCCUGCCACACCUUGGUAUCAUGGACCCCGUACGAGUCGACGACGGCUGUCACGCGAAGCUUACCGACCGAUCGCGAGGAACACCGGCACCGCCUCGAUCUGACGCACCCAGGCCGAGCAGGACACUAUACCAGGGCUCGAUGGAGCCGCGCAACCCGCGUGUCGAGGACAGCUUCGAUGCAGACUUGAAACGGGCUCUGGAGAUGAGUCUGGAAGAUGCAAAGGGCAACAGCUCGUCUGGGUUCGUCUCGCAAGCGCAGCUGAAGUCGCAAUCCAAGCCCAAUGGCACAACCAAAAACCCUGAGCCAGAGGAAGAAGAGGACGCCGACUUGAAGGCCGCCAUUGCAGCCUCGCUGGCCGACAUGGAAGAGCAGAAGACGAAGUAUGCCACGAACUUCCGCCAACAGGCGACGAACACCUCAAAGGGGACACCUUUUGUCGCACCGAAGAACGACUACGAGCUCACCCCUGUGGAGGCGGAGAACAUCAACCUCUUCUCGACACUAGUGGACCGAUUACAACAUCAGCCUCCCGGCGCUAUUCUGCGCGAGCCUCAGAUACAAGAACUCUACGAGAGCAUAGGCAAGCUGCGGCCAAAACUCGCGCGAACAUACGGCGAGACAAUGAGCAAGCACGAAACGUUACUUGACCUCCACGCCAAGCUUUCCACUGUCGUUCGUUACUACGAUCGUAUGCUCGAGGAGCGUCUGUCCAGCACGUAUACCCAAGCCGGUACCAUGUACGGAAUGCCCCGUCCUGCGUCAAACGUCUACCCUCAGAUCCCCUCUGGUGCACCUGCGUAUCAGGGUAGCGAAAACUACUAUUCGAGUAGCGCAGCUCCUGCAGAUCCGUAUGGGCGGCCGCAACCCAGCUAUCAAUCACAACCACAGCAGUCAUACCCUCAGUUCGACCAACGAGCAGCCCCGCCGCAGUCAUACGCCUCCCCUCACGACCAAUACCAGCAACCACAGCAACCGUCACAGCCAUACCCGAAUCUGGCCUCGUAUAGCGGCGGAGCAGCACCCCAGCAGCGACCGCCCAGCACAUCCUACCAGCAACCUCCAUCGCCACAACUACAACGCCAAGUCUCCGACCAAUACCCACCUCAACCCUCUUCCGGAUACCCACCUCAAGCACCGCCCUCAAAUGUCUCCGAUGCCGAAAGCGCAAACUACUAUUACGGCGACAACAGCGCGUCAGCACCCAUCCAACGCACUCAAAGCUACACCUCGCAACCACCCCAAUCCUCCUCACCGCAAAUGUACAAUCGCGCACCACCUCAACAACAACAACAACAACAACAACAACAACAAGCACCUAUCUCACCCCCAGCGCAGCCGGCAACAGCAUGGCAAAAUCCUCCCUACCCACGUGAGAACGCGCCGCCGCAAUAUCAAGCGCCGCCACAGCAGCAGCAGCAUCAACAACCACCUCAGCAGCAAGCUCCUCAGCAGCAGCAGCAGCAGCAGCAACCCCAGCAGCAGCAAUCCCAGCAGAGUAAUUGGAAUCCCGCGACGCCGUAUGCGAUGGGCGGGUAUGGGCCGGAGAGUUUCCCGUCUGCGCCGCAGGCUGCGCCGGUCCACAAGGUUGAUGAGCCGUUGAUUGAUUUGUAGAUAAACACAGCUUGUGAGUGAUGGGUGCGGAAGAGAGUUGUUAGAGGCUGGAAGCCGCAAGGGCUAGGAUAGAAAUCAAGAGAAUUGCACCCAUCGAUUCUGUGAUCAUUUACGGAGCAUGAUGACAACAAUCGUCGUGCGGGUG